UUCACGGAGGGGGGUGCACGUGCCUCGCUGAGCUGGACUGGCGCCUUGGCUGGGCAUGGCCAGGACGGAGGCAGCCCAGUGGGAAAUCUGCACCCAGACUCUCAACAGGAAGGAAGUGCAGAAGUGCGGCGAAAAUAGCCUGGGUGGGGUAGCAGCAAAUAUCAAGGGGAAAACGAGAUACGUGGAGUCGUGUCUCAGCAGAGCUGCGAGAAAACAAAAACGCGGCUCGAUGGGGAAGGACUCUGCCCUGCGGGAACUCCAGCUCCAGGCAGACGCAGAAUGUUCAGCUUAACAAAGAAAUGACGCUCGCCAGCAACCGGAGCCUGGCAGAAGGAAACCUUCUGUACCAGCCUCAGCUGGACGCCCUGAAAGCACGUUUGACCCAGAAAUACCAGGAACUCCAGGUUCUCUUUGAAGCCUAUCAGAUAAAGAAGACCAAAUUAGAUAAACAGUCGAGCAGCGCUUCCUUGGAGACCCUGUUGGCGCUUCUUCAGGCAGAAGGAGCCAAGGUUGAGGAAGACACGGAGAACAUGGCAGAGAAGUUUCUCGAUGGAGAGCUUCCUCUGGACUCCUUCAUCGAUGUCUAUCAGAGCAAGCGGAAACUGGCCCACACACGAAGAGUGAAAAUCGAGAAGCUCCAGGAGCUGGUGCUGAAGGGACAGAGACUGCCACAGGCCUCGGUUCCCGCCCCGCUGCCACCCAGGGUGCCCGAGCCAGUGCCCGCUGCCCCCCUGCCCUACCCUACCUCAGAAGCCAGCGGGCCCCCCUCUGUGCUACCUCGGCGCAUCCCCCCGCCGCCUCCCCCGGUGCCUGCAGGACGCUUGGCCACACCGUUCACCGCUGCCAUGGGCUCAGGACAGGCCUUCCCGUACCCUGGAUCGCAGUGUCCUCCCCUGCCCCCCCGCGUGGGCCUCCCCAGCCAGCAAGGAUUCUCCGCACAGUUCAUGUCUCCGUACCCGCCCGCUCUCCCCCAGAGACCCCCGCCCCGGCUGCCUCCACACCAGCCGGGCUUCAUCCUCCAGUGAGUGACCCCGUCCCUCCGGGGAGCCUGCACCUGCUGGCCAGGGCUCGGCACACACAGGCUGCGAGGACCGGGGGGCUGUGGCCCUGCGCCAGCGCCCCCGUUUGUAGAACUGUAGGUCAGUGGUAAGUAGACGUAGACCCCGGUUUUGCACCCAGGUGGUUGUGCGUGCAGGGCCUCAGCCUGGCAUCCCCGCGGCCGCACCGGUUUGUGUUCUCAGUAUGAUUUCUAAGUCUCAUAGUGUUGAUGGACUCCUAAGUCGGGGGGGGAAAGCCUCCCUCCCUUCUCACUUAAAAUCGUGUUCCUCCCGUUGCAGCUUUAAUAAGCUGCAUCAUCGUUCCUGCUUUGUGCACAAAAGACAGUGCUGUGUGGCCCUGCCCGCCGCUGUCCCUGGUGAGGGUCUGUCAGGUGGGCUUGCCUGGAAGGUGCUUACUGAAUCGGUGGGCUGGGGUGGCCAAUCGUCCCUCCCCCCGAACCUGGAUGCUUCAAAGCCACAUGCAGGGUUUGCACUCGGCCCCCUGCCAGGUCCGGAGGCUGGGCACGUUGCAGCCGGGCCGGGGAAGGUUGGUCCGAGCCGGACUUUGCACAGCAGACCACGUCCUCGGCUCCUCCUCUCUCCCCCACCUCGGGCCAGCCCCUGACGGUUUCUACGAAGAAAUACUCCCCCCAGUAUUUUUACUAUGUCUGUAAUUUUCCUGUUUUAUAUUGGGAAAGAAAACUUUUUUGACACAAGACCAUUCAGGGAAACUUUAUAAAAAUGCACAUCUUGUUUUGAACAGAUUGAGGUGCAGAAGCGAAUGCAAUUUCCUUUCUUACAAGCAGUGUAUGGUCACACCUGUGGGUGCCUGUGCUGUGCCUUAGUUUCCCCUGGUGCCAAUGAGGGGCCGUCCAUGGCUCCCCUGCAGGCCCACAGGCUGGGCAGGCCGAAGGGUAGCUCUCACUACUGGCUCUGUGUUCCCAGAGGGGCUUGUCCAAGGUCGUCGUGUUGCAGGUGGAAGAAUUCUGUCCCGUCUUGAGCCAGGAUACUCGUAGCCAAUAUUCUCUGCCUCUGAUUGGGCCUCAGGGUGGGAGGGGGACAGAGGGAGUCCGGCAGCAUGGCGUCAUGCUUUGGAGAAAGCCAGCACCAGGAUCGGCAGACGCCCUGGGAACACCCCUGGCUCCUCCUGGCCCUCUGGGUUCUCGCCUGCCCUAGUGACAGACUGGAGGCAGUGCUCAAACGGCGUCUGUCACAGCAGGCCAGAGGCGAGGCCACCAACCCGUUGUCUCAGUUAGCAUAUGGUUCUCCUGGACUGUCACAGCCGAAUGGGAUGGGCGUGCCUGCCCUGUUUUGCGAAUCUGGAGAUCAGGGCCCGCCCCGCCCCUCCCCAGUACCUCUGCUGCCUACCCCGAGGUCGGUGGGGGGACACCCACAAGCCCACACGGGGUGGAGCCAAGGGCGUGAGCUUGGUGUCGAUGUGGUGAAGGGCUGGCCUCACUCCAGGGCCAGGCCUGAGCUGGGGUUGUAAAGCUGUAGGACCCUUUUUAAUAAACAGGAUUAACAAC